AUGUUAUUUACAUUAGGAGCAAUUCUUUGUGCAUUAGAAAGUGCCCUUGGAAAUACUUAUUCUUGCUAUGCUGGUAGCUUUUUAGUAACAUCAUCCGCUUUUUAUUAUACAACCAAUCUUUUGUUUUCUUUGAUUCAAUUUUUCAGCGAAACAAAGAUUGGUCAAAUUAUUUUGAGUUCAUUCUUGUGGUCAUGUAUUUAUUUCAUGGCUUAUGGUUACCAAAUUUUAAUGAAUGGUAAUGUUUACUGUCGAUUAAAACCUAUCAUCUUUACUAAAAUGUGGAAUGAUGUUCACGAACAAGAAAUGUCAAAACUUGUUAGUUAUCAUUAUGGCGAUCAAGAUCAACUAGAAGAUAUAGAUGAUAUUUUUACCUCCGAAAAGAAGCCUCUACAAUUAAGUGUUACUUAUAAUCAUGAUUCUAAAAAAUUCAUGUUUGUACCAAAUUCUAUCGAUACCAUCAAUCAAGAACCAUCAUCAGAAAUAGAAAUGACCGUGCCGAAUGAGAUGCACGACGAAAAUAAAGUAAUAAAUGAAUUCACACAAGAAAAAGUUGAAAAUAACAAAAAUGAAAACUCAGAACGUCAAGAGAUUGUUUCAAGAGAAAUCAUGCAAGAAAGUGAAGUUAUCGACGAAUUAAUACCAGAAAAAAUCGAAGAAAAAUACCAUGAAAAAAUCGAAGAGAACGAAAACGCGUUGAAUAAAAAUCUGGAAUACCAUGAAAAAAUCGAAGAAAACGAAAACUCUUUAAAUCCAAAAUCCCAUAAAAAAAUCGAAGAGAAUGAAGAAAACAAAAACGCGUUGAAUCAAGACUACCGUGAAAAAAUCGAAGAGAACGAAGAGAACGAGAACGCGUUGAAUAAGAAUCUGGAAUACCAUGAAAAAAUCGAAGAAAACGAAAACUCUUUAAAUCCAGAAUUCCAUAAAAAAAUCGAAGAAAAUGAAGAAAACAAAAACGAAUUGAAUCAAGACUAUCAUGAAAAAAUCGAAGAGAACGACGAGAACGAAAAUGCGUUGAAUAAAAAUCUUGAAUACCAUGAAAAAAUCGAAGAAAAAAUCGAAGGAAAUGAAGAGAACGAAAACGCAUUAAAUCAAGAAUACCAUGAAAAAAUUGAAGAGAAUGAAGAGAACGAAAACAGAAUGAAUAAAAAUUCUAUUAAAGAUCGAGAAAUUAAUGAUGGUACACAAGUAACUCGAGUUGAAAAGAAUGGAGACACGACAAUUUAUGCUAAUCCAGACUCUACCGAAUCUCUUGAAUCGGAACCAGAUUCUGGUGCAUACCAAGUUGACGUUGAUGAAAAAGAAGCCAAUACACUUCCAAAUGAAACGCUUCUAAAUUCGGAUAUUGAUACACAAUCAAAGUCAAAUAUGAAUGAGAAAGAAGUCGAUUUAAAACCAAAUUCAGUUAUUACCAAACCUGUUGUAUAUGAACCUUUCACAGAAAUUCACGUUGCUCCACCAAGUGAACUUUUCCUUGCGGAUGCGAUCUUGCAGCUUGAUCAAGAGAUUGAGCAGAUUACAGAAUAUGAAAAGAGUGCUAUAGCCGAGAUUAAAGAAAAAGAAGCAAAAGAUGAACGAGAUCAAGAAUAUGAAUUCAUGAAAAGUAUUCAAUGUGGACUGAAGAGACAAAUCCAUAUUCUUAAUUACCAGAAAUUGCAAUAUGAGAUUCAACAAAAAGAAAAUGCUUUGUCUCCUGUAAUUAUUAUUAUUUGA